CUUAACCUUAAUUCUCCGCUCCCAUCCUUUUCAGUGACGAAAAAGUCCGUAGUGUCAAUUUUUGAAAUAAAUAAAAUUGAGCAUGAAAUUUUUGAAGGUGUAGUAGCCAUUUGUCUCUGACACAUUAGAGAGCUAUGAGUUUCUUGAAAUGGCUGGUCCUUGUAAUGUUCCAAUUUAAUUACAUUUUUCACCUCAGCAUAGCACAGCCUGAAUUCGAAUUUCAUGUAUGUGCAGAUUCUAAUAUUACUGAGUUUUCCCCAAAUAGUACAUAUGACACUAACCUUAACACAACCCUCUCCUCUGUUUCACGAAAUAUGGAUAGUUUUGGAUUCUAUAAUUCUUCCAUAGCCCUAAACUCCGACACGAUUAGUGUCAUUGCGCAAUGUAGAGGGGAUGUACAAUUACAGGUAUGCCGUGAUUGUAUAAGUAAUGCGACUCGUAAGAUUCUAGAGGUAUGUCCUUACAAGAAAUCGGCCUUUGGUUAUUAUGAAAGUUGUCAGUUACGAUAUUCAAACGAAUCCAUCAUAGGCACCGUGUUAAUAAUAAACCCACCAAACAUUUUGUAUAGCACGGCAAAUGCCUCGAAUCUUAAUGAAUUUAUGGAAGAUGUAAGAACCUUGUUAGAAAGUUUACGAAGGGAAGCUUCACGGGGUGGGAAGCGGAAGUAUGCUAGUAAUAGUACUGCGGGCCGCCUUGUUUUCCAGACUAUAUAUGCACUUGUACAGUGCACUGCGGAUUUAUCAGCUGAAAGUUGCAGUAAUUGUUUAACCGCUGGCUAUCAAACUUUACCUAACUGUGAAUGUUAUGGUACGAUUGGUCUCAGAUAUAGAGUGCCCAGCUGCAAAUUUCAGUAUGAAACUAGCUCCUUUUUCAACCAGCUACCGACAGAAGCUCCACCACCCUUAUCACCACCGCCACUUCCAUCACCACUGCCACCGCCACCAUCAGGAGAGGAUGAUAAAACAACUCGAACCGUCAUCAUUAUCAUUGUGUCAACUGUUACAGUUGUUAUUCUUGUUGUUUGUAUUUCUCUCAUCACGAUGAGGAGGCGAAGGAGGAAACUAGUGAAAAAUAUUCAGAGUAUUCACGGGGAUGAUAUUAGCACUGCAGAAUCCUUUCAAUAUGAUUUUUCAACAAUUAGAGCAGCAACAGAUAACUUCUCAAGCGAUAAUAAAUUGGGACAGGGCGGAUUUGGUCCUGUGUACAAGGGUACGCUUCCAAAUAGUCAAGAAGUAGCAGUGAAAAGAUUGUCAGCAGAUUCUGGCCAAGGUGAUCUGGAAUUCAAAAAUGAGGUCAUGUUGGUUGCUAGACUUCAACACAGGAAUUUGGUUAGGUUACUGGGAUAUUGCUUCGAUGGAACAGAGAGACUUCUUAUCUAUGAAUUUGUUCCCAAUGCAAGCCUUGACCACUUUUUAUUUGAUCCAGUUAAACGUAGGCAAUUAGAUUGGGAAAAGCGAUCCAAAAUAAUAGGAGGCGUUGCUAAGGGAAUUCUUUAUCUACAUGAGGAUUCUAGACUUCGCAUCAUUCAUCGUGAUCUCAAAGCAAGUAAUGUUCUACUUGAUGAAGAAAUGAAUCCUAAAAUUGCAGAUUUUGGCAUGGCAAGGCUAUUUACAUUGGAUGAAACUCAAGGCAACACAAGUAGAAUUGUCGGGACCUAUGGAUAUAUGGCACCAGAGUAUGCAAUGCACGGGCAAUUCUCAGUGAAAUCAGAUGUUUUUAGCUUUGGAGUACUAGUCCUUGAAAUUGUAAGUGGCCAAAAAAACACUUGUUUCAGAAAUGGAGAAUCGCUGGAAGACCUUCUAAGCUAUGCUUGGAUGAACUGGCGCGAAGAAACAACUACAAAUUUGAUAGACCCCAUGUUGAGGGGAAGCUCAGGAAUGGCUCGUGACAUAAUGAGAUGCAUUCACAUAGCAUUACUGUGCGUUCAAGAAAAUAUUUCUGAUAGACCAACCAUGGCUGCAGUAGUUCUCAUGCUCAGUAGCCUAUCUCUGAAUCUUCCCCUGCCUUCAGGGCCUGCAUACUAUACACACAACGAUAUUAGUUCAGAGAUUUCACUUAUUCAAGAAUACAAUUCAAGAUCAUCAGGACCUAGAGAAUUAGCCAAAAGUAAAUCUAUUAGUUCAUCACAUAAUGAGGCAUCGAUAACUGAGUUAUCCCCUCGUUAACAUCCUUAAGACAUAAUACCCUUCUUUCCUGAGUGUCGAGAAUUACUUUGUUGUUUAUUCCAACUCCAGUUAGUCUAGAAUUGAUGAGAUUGAUUUAUUAAUGGUUUGUGUGCUUCAUACAAAAUUCCAACUUGUUUCAUAUGUAUUACCUAUUACACUAAUGAAACUGCUAUAUAUUUAUAGACUGA